AUGGCGCAAACACCCCAACAACGGCGCGCAAACGAUCGAUUCGCCAAGAGCGAAGCUGCAAAGCGAGGGAAAGCACCAGUCGCUAACAAACCCAAGCAAACCCCCAAGGCUUCCCUUUCGGCGGGCUGGGUUGUGGUUCUGGCCUUUGUGGUCUGCGGUGGACUUCUCUUGGAGCUCCUCAAGAUCGUUCCUGACCUUUGGUCAACUGUGGCCUCAAUGAUUUCCCGCGUGACCGGAUGA